AUGUUCUUCUCCAUUCAAACCAUUGCUCUCGUCGCUUCUACCGGUCUCUUGGCCGCUCAAGGAGCUUCUGCCAUCUCUAUCGAGGAAAGGUCCACUUCAUUGUGUAACCAAGCCAACUACGGUGCCUUGGGAUACCCAUGGAAAUCCAACUCCACUCCUGGUUCUUUCUGUUCCAAGACCAAACCUUCCAACAACAGAUACUGGAAGCAAAUGCCCUUCUCGGACAGUUACGACAAAGUGAAAUGUUCCAGUUCUUCCAGAGGUAGAUACAACGUCUGUACCGGUGGUAACAAGCGAACCAGCCUUCCCAAGAAAUGUAACCCUCCUCACAAAUUUCCAUGGGGUUACACCGCACCUAAGGCUUCUUCUACCUCCUCGGCUGCUCCCAAGUCAACCUCUUCAGCUGCCGCCUCCAUGUCAAGCGCUGCUGCCUCAGCUGCUUCCUCUGCUGUAGCUUCAUCAGUCGCUACAUCCGCUGCUGCUUCUCCUGCGGCUUCGUCCGACGCUGCUGCUUCCUCUGCCGUGGCUUCACCGGUCGCUUCGGAUGAUGCCACCCCCGCUUCCGCUGCUGCCUCAGCUUCGGCCUCCGCUGUGGUUGACCCCCUUUCUUACCCAGUCUGUGAGACCACCUACCAAGUCACCUACCAGAACUACACUCGAGUCGCUGCCAACGGUGUUUGGAUGGGUCUCACGAUGGGUGCUGCCACUCAAGAUGCUUCCUACAUGACUUACACCCUUUCUACCUCCGUCGAUGACUGUCUCGCUGCCUGUGACCAAAUCGAAGGCUGUGUGUUCGUGAACACCUACUAUGACGUUAACGAGGAGGAGAACUACCUCCCCAAGCACACCGACGGUAUCCUCACCUGCGCGAUGUUCUCCACCUGUGUCGGCACCGACAAGAACGAUAACUGGGGUGGUCAAGAUGACCCCAACACCAUCGUCAACUCUAACGGUUACUGCAAGUCUUCCGCCUGUGGUGCUCCCGCUUAA